AGGACCCCUACAAGUGUUACAGGUGGAACCUUCCUGUCUGUCUUCUCCUGACUCUCUGGGAGACAUGAAUAUGGAACCUCUAGAGACAGAAGAAGACUUUAAGAAUCCCACAGGGCCUGUGGUUACUGAGGUUGCAGACAAAGAAAGGAAUCUAUACCGAGUUUACUUCCCAGCAGCUGGUUAUUACCACCAUCCCAACAUAGGUCUCCAGUUUGUGGUGAAAAGGGCAUUGACCAUUGAGAUUGAAUUUUGUGCCUGGGGAAAGUUCUGGGACAGGGAUGUCCUGGAGCAUGGUUGGAUGGUGGCAGGACCUCUGUUUGACAUCAAAGCUGAGCAAGGAGCCGUGGCUGCUGUGUACCUUCCCCACUUUGUGGACCUCCAAGAGUUAGGAUUUCAACACAUGAAGUGUCUGGAGGACACAAUCAUUCAGGCCACAACACCGAGGUCUCUGACAUCUUCUUUGACAGGGGGCCAUGUGGAUAAUUCCUUAUUUGAAGUGGCUCACUUUAAAAAGAAAAGGAUGGCCUUGGAAAAGCCAGCCAGGGUGGAACAACACUACAUAGUCCUGGAAAACCCCAGCUUCUCCCUGAUGGGAGUCCUGCUGAGAAUGAUCCCAGCUGCUAAGUGUUUCAUCCCGAUCACAUCCACCACAUUGCUCUACCGUCCCCACCAUGCUAAGGAAGUCACCAUCCAUCUCUACCUGAUCCCCAAUGACUGCACCAUUCGGAAGGCCAUAGAUGAUGAAGAAGAGAAGUUCCAGUUUGUGAGAAUACACAAGCCACCCCCGUUGGAUUCUCUUUAUUUAGGCUCACGCUAUACUGUGUCUGGAUCAGAGAAGCUGGAAAUAACUCCCAAGGAACUGGAGUUGUGCUAUCGAAGCCCUGGAGAAUCACAGCUCUUUUCUGAGAUCUACAUUGGCCAAGUGGAAUCAGACAUAUGCCUCCAAUUGAAUCAGAAGAUUAGUGGGAGUCAAGUAUGGGAGGCCUUACUGAAACCAGGAGACCUCAGAUCUGCACCAAGACUGGAUGCCCCAACCCCUGCAGAUACCCCUGCCUUGCUCCACUUUGUGGACGACCAUCGAGAGCAGCUGGUGGCCCGAGUGACAUCAGUGGACCCUGUCUUGGACAAGCUGCAUGGUGCUGUGCUGAGUGAAGAGGAGUAUGAGACAGUGCGGGCUGAAGCCACCAACCAAGACAAGAUGAGGAAGCUCUUCAGCCUCAGUAGGGCUUGGGACAAGACCGGCAAAGAUCAACUCUACCGAGCCCUGAAGGAGACCCAUCCUCACCUGAUUAUGGACCUCUGGGAGGAAUGGAGCAGAGACUCCAGGAGUUGGGGGUCCUAA